UUCCACGGGGCUCGCGAGUGCGGCUCGAGCAGCCUCGGUUGGAACGCGGCAGGCGGCUGUCUUCGCGCUGCGGGCACGGCUGCUCUGGAAGCCAGGCCUGCCACCGGAUUCCCUGUCAGCCUCAAGGCGGAGGCCAACGGCAGGGAGACAGCGGGAGUGCGCGCCGACGGAGGAGCCAAGCCGAGGGAGUGCGCCGAGCUGUUGCCGCCAUGACGGAGGAGGGUGAUUCGGCCAACAAGAAAGCGGUCCCGCCCAAGACCACCCGGGCGAAGCGAAAGCGGGCUGCUGCCGACGAUGGGGGCAGUCCAUCUGAAGAGGCGCCCGUCGUCAAGCGGCCACGCGGGAAGGCGACCAAGGAUUCCUCUACACCAACGACGAGGUCCAGGUCAGUGAAACCGGCGGCGCAGAAAGCAAUCACCAUCAGGGCUUCUGCUAAGAUAAGAAAGGCCUCCGACAAACCGACCCUAGACGCCACUGUGAACGCCCCGUUCACCAGCAAGGGGCGUUCACAAAAGGCACCUAGAGUGAGCCGCAAGACUCGAGCGCACAGCCCGUCCACAAGCGAUGCCUUCUCGGUCGCGGCCAAGGGUACCAAGCGUCGCCUCCGCUCGCGUAGUCUCUCCCCCGGCAGCAGCAGCCACCAUGCCAGGAGGGGAAGGAGCCGUGGCCGAUCCCGACACUCGUCCCGCAGCGGCCGAGGUGGCCGCAAGCACAGAGGAGGUCGCCGGGGGACGUCGACCAUCGGCUCGGAGAGCAGCAGCGGCCGAAAGAGGGGACGCAGCAAGAGCCGACGCCACCGCUCCGUGAGCGGCUCGUCUGCCGCGAGCGCGACCACCAAGAGUGGCGGACGUAAACGGCACCGCCGCGCCCGUAGCAGGUCGUCGAGCCGUCGAGGUAGGCGGGUGAAGUCGAAGAAGGCGGCGAGCAGGUCGUCGUCGAAAUCACGGCGGGCCAAGCGGACGAGUGCUUCCAAGGCCAAGAAAAGUGGCAAGGGCAAAUGACGUCACAGUGAUCGCGGAAGCGCGCUGGUCACCUCCAGUGAAAAUCGGCACUUGGGAUUUGCAUUGGCUCCCCGCGGAAGAUCCAAUAAUUGGGAGGCGUCGUGAUUUCACUCCCGAAAUCUUGCCUUGCGUCAUUCGAAAG